CUCAGAGGUGCAGAGAGAGCGUCAAAGGGAGGUAAAAAAAUAAAUCUGGAGAAUUUAAAGCUCUCAGGGAAUGCUGGUAUGACAUACCCGCCCUGUCCCGAGAUGGGGGCGGGGUUAAGAGAAGGCUUAUGUUUUUGUCUGAUUAGGAGGAAAUAACUUGUGUUCAGGAUUUCCCAGGUUUACACGUGUUGGGACUGUAAACAUAUAUAAACCGGGUAAAAUGGAGCUGGGUUCAGUCACCUUAAUUCUCGGUUCAGGAUGGCGUGGGUCAGCCUGCAGAUGAUCUCCAUCGGCUCUCUGCUCAUGCACACCGCCUCACAUGCCGCCGUCAGAGGCUCCAGAUGUACCCGUGAGGAUACGAUCAAAGACCGCUCAGACAAUUUAAUGAGACUCUACGAGAACAACCUGGAAGUCCUUAAGGAGCCGCCGCAGAGGACAUGCGCACAGGCCGCCACAGAGAUGCGCGGGAAGCUGAAGAACCGCGCCCUGUCCCCCUGGACGUACAGACUGAACAAGGACACGGAGAGGAUCCCUGCUGUGAUCGCCUUUGCAGACUGUCUCUGUGAACACUGCAUCCUGAAUGGACAAGAAGACUGGAACUACAACUCAGUGCAAGUGAACGCCUCGCUGCUCGUCUUCAGGAGGACUCGCUGUGGAGGAAACCGAUACAGACUGAGUAAAGACUUCAUCACCGUACCUGUGGCCUGCACCUGUGUGGUACCAAACUACAACAAAUAACACAACAUGAUACUUUAACCAAAAGGUCUCUGUGCUGGAGACGCUUAAGCUGUCUUUUCAUGUGCCAUUCGCACAGAUUUGUAAAAUGUUCCGAGGAUUUCUAAAAUGUUCACACAAAUGGCUAUGUAUACAUUUUUUUCCUUCAACCUUGGGGGUCUGCGUACUAUCGGGUAACAAAUUCCACUACACAAUAAGAAAGUUAAAAAAGAAGCUGUGGAGGUGCUUAAAAAAUGCAGUAGUCACAUAAAUUAAGGUAAAAAAAUCUACAAAAAAACAACUUAAAAACAGACACACUCUACCCUUGAUUUGCUUUGGAACACUAAAUGAUUAGAAAUGUUUAUUCAAAGGCAUCUCACACAUAAAAGCUCACAUAAAUACAGCCGUGAAGUGCUUCUUUUGAACAGUCUGCUUCUCAUUAAAUAAUUAAAUAAAACCGUACCGUGACCAUGCUAAGUCAUUAAAAAAACAUAUUUUCAGUCUGAUUUGCAUUAUAUUAAGAAGAUACAGCCACCUGUGAGUGAAGCCAAAAUAUUUAGAGCCUCCUCUGCUGACUGGCUGCAGUAUACGUCAUAAGCUCCGCCUCCUCCAUGUUAACAGACAGGACAUUAGUCAAACUAUUAAAUCAAAGUACACGUCAAAUACUUUUUGUCCAACCCCGGAUUCUGUCAUUAUAGUUAGUUACUAUCUUGCCGACUGAUGUCCAGGUGUUCAUUUCUCAGAGAAGUUUAGUUUCAAAACGUUAGUUGAUGCUAUAAAAAGGAGUAUGACAUCAUGAGCAGGUUUCUUUUUCUUUCCUGUGUAUCUCAACAGAGCUUCUACUGAAUGUACAACAUAAU